CGCGUUGUGCAGUUAAGAAAGUCAAGUAAAGCAGCAGCCGUUUGUUUCUACACUGCUCCGCAAUCGGUGCCGCCGUUUCGAUUACUCUUGUAUCUGCAUAUUACUAGACAAAUAAUUAAUCGAGGGCCACGACAGACUGCAGAGGCCCCGGUAAAGUGCAGCAGCAGCGGCAACACUCGAAAAAUUAUCCAUUCUCAAGCCGCGCACAGUCGGCUCGCUGUUUUAUCUCGGAAGACGGCUGCUUGAGCAUUCCAACGUUAACAUUAACAUUAACGCUGUCCAAUGGAGCCCAUUCAUUCCCGUCAUCCGCAGUUGCAAUUGUCUGUACCGGCCCGCGGCUAAUUAACGCAUCGAUCAUGUCCAACAGGAUGGCUACUUUGUCGCACUCAGCGGCCUAAUUGUGCCCUUUUACAUGGAGCGACAAUUAGUUUAUUGACGGUUUCUGUAAUCAUUUAUUUUCAUUCACCUGUGUCCUUGAUUUACCGCUUAUUACUGGAUUGUAAAUGGACGCCAACUGCAACCAGUCCAACUUCGGCGAGGUCAACCAGCUGGGCGGCCUCUUCGUCAACGGGCGCCCGCUGCCCAGCAGCACGCGCCUGCGUAUCAUCGAGAUGGCGCAGUUGGGCGUGCGGCCGUGCGACAUCUCGCGGCAGCUGCGCGUCAGCCACGGCUGCGUCAGCAAGAUCCUGGCGCGCUUCCACGAGACCGGCAGCAUCAUGCCCGGCGCCAUCGGCGGCUCCAAGCCGCGCGUCACCACGCCCAAGGUCGUGCAGCACAUCCGCGACCUCAAGCAGCGCGACCCCGGCAUCUUCGCCUGGGAGAUCCGCGACCGGCUCAUCGCCGACGGGGUCUGCGACAAGUACACGGUGCCCUCCGUCAGCAGCAUCAGCCGCAUCCUCCGCAACAAGAUCGGCAACACCCUCCCGCUCGGCCUGCCGCUGCAGCUCAACGCCGUCACCGCCAGCCAAAGCGCCGACGCCGGGUACGGGACCGCCGCCGCCGCCCGGCCGCGCCCCUCCGACCUCCCGCCCCUCCCCAGCGCCCCCGACGACUCCCUGUACAGCUCCCUGUACGCCUACUCGGCCGCGGCGGCCGCCGUGCAGGCCAUGCACUACGGUCCCGUGGCGCCCGCCCGCAGCAGUCACUCGGGCUGGAUGGGGGCCUCGCCGGCCUCCCUGAUGCAGCAGUACACGCAGUCGACAUUCCCCUACCAUUCCGCGCCGCCACCGGAAGUGGCCAGCUGCAAGCCCACCUACAGCGCGCCGUCCGCCCCGGGCGGCGGUGGCGGUGGUCAGUUCAUGUCCUUGCCGGCGGGCAAAGCUUUCACCGGCUACAACGGCUUCGCGCCGCCCCACGCCCACCCGGGCCACGCCCACUUCCACGCGCACCAACAGGUGCUGCAGGAGGACAACGUCAGUGGGACUGCCAAGACGGCGGGCCUCGACGCCCUCAUGUGACCGUCACGUUGAUUGCCUUAACUCUGUACACGACCCGGACCGGAUGGAUUAAGUAGAGGAACUGUAUUUUUCUUGCAUUGUUCCAGUGCGCAUGCGAUUGGUUAUAAUGGUGUAAAAAGCGAUAGAGCGGCUCUGAUGCCACUGCUGUAUUAUCCCACAUUGAUG